UUUCGAAAGCGUAUUUUCUGCGAUAAAAUGAGUGGAUUAAGUUUUCAGUGCUUUUAUAUUGAAAGAUAUUCGUCAUUUGGAAAUGACUAUUACGUUAUGUAUGCUUAUCAGUAUACAUUUCCAUUUCCACAAUAUAAUCUGUGGACUGGAAUGCCCGAAUAUGGGCCGACGACAGACUUUGCACAAAGUGGAAUGUCGUCAGAGUUUCAGCAAUAUGAACCUCAAGAAAAUGAAUUUGUAUAUUGGCCACAACCAGAAAUGUCUGAUUAUUGGCCAACUCCAGAAACAAAUGUAUAUGGGCCACAACCAAAUACAUAUGACUAUUGGCCUGAACAAGAAAUUAUUUCUGAAACGCAAUCUAACACAAAUGAAUACAGACAACCUCCAGAAAUAAAUGGAUAUGAGCCGGAAGAAUACACAAAUGAGUAUUGGCCAAAUCCAGAAAGAAGUGGAUAUGAACCGGAACAAUACGCAAACGAGUACUGGCCAAAUCCAGAAAUAAGUGGAUAUGGGCCGGUAGAAUACACUAAUGAGUAUUGGCCAAAUCCAGAAAUAAGUAAAUAUGGCCCGGUAGAAUACACAAAUGAGUAUUGGCCAAAUCCAGAAAUAAGUGGAUAUGGACCUGGAGAAUAUACAAAUGAAUAUUGGCCAAAUUCAGAAAUAAGUGGAUAUGGGCCGGCAGAGUACAGAAAUGAAUAUUGGCCUCCUGCAGAAAUAAGUGGAUAUGGGCCGGAACAAAACAGAAAUGAAUAUUGGCCAAAUCCAGAAAUAAGUGCAUAUGGGCCUGUAGAAUAUACAAAUGAAUAUUGGCCAAAUUCAGAAAUAAAUAGAUAUGGGCCGGAACAAAACAGAAAUGAAUAUUGGCCUCCUGCAGAAAUAAGUGAUUAUGGGCCGGAACAAAACAGAAAUGAAUAUUGGCCUCCUGCAGAAAUAAAUGAUUAUGGGCCGGAACAAAACAGAAAUGAAUAUUGGCCUCCUGCAGAAAUAAACGUAUAUGAACAUCCUCCAGCAUUAUUUGACACCAACAGAAGUGCAUCAACAUAG